AUGGAUCCCCAUUUUAAGCCAUCGAAGCUGGUGAUGAUCUCAGUGUUGUUAGCAUUGUCGAGUUUGCAAAACUGGGCAAAUGCAAAGCCCUCUAACUCGACAAAUGCAAAGCCCUCUAACUCGACAAAAAUAAAUCACACAGACUCGACAAAUGCAAAUCAAACAAACUCGACCAAUGCAAAACCCGAGGUGCCAUGCUACUUUAUAUUCGGAGACUCGCUUUCGGAUAAUGGAAACAAUAAUAACCUUAAGACAUUGGCCAAGGUGAACUAUCCACCGUAUGGGGUUGAUUUCCCUGGAGGACCGACCGGAAGGUUUACCAAUGGCCGAACCCUACAAGAUUUUAUUGUUGAACUUUUGGGGUUCGAAAGUUAUAUGCCACCUUUUGCCCAAGCAGUGGGGAAAGGAAAAGAAAUGCUUAAUGGCGUGAACUAUGCGUCCGGUUCCGCGGGCAUUCUCGAUGAAACCGGAAAAUAUAAUAUGGGUGAUCGAAUACCCUUGAACGAGCAAAUCUUGAAAAAUCACAAAGCUGUAAUUUCUUCGAUUACUAAGGAAAUGCGAUACGAUCUAUCGGCUACGAAAAAACUUCUAAACAAAUGUAUUUAUUCUAUUGAAAUCGGAAGCAACGACUUCAUCAACAACUAUUUCUUGCCGAAAUUCUACGACAGCAGCCGACGCUAUAGUCUAUCGGCAUAUACCACAAUGCUCGUUCAACAACUUUCGCGCCAACUUAUGGUUCUGUACGAUAACGGUGCAAGAAAGUUCGCCGUGUUCGGAGUACCGCCGAUUGGUUGCACCCCGAAUGCGAUUUCGCUGUAUGGAACCAAUGGGUCACCUUGUGUAGACAUCCUGAACCAGGCUGCAGUCCUUUUCAAUGAAAGACUCCAACAACUCAUCCGUGAAUUUAACAGAACUCUAAUCAAAGCUAAAUUUACCUAUCUUAAUCCACCCGGAGCUCCGGUCGAUAUCGCGGAAUUCGUGAAAAUCGGUGCAUGCUGCAAAACCGGAGGCGGUGCCGGAGAACUUUGUGUUCGUAAUUCAAAGCCAUGUAGUGACCCAAAGAAGCACAUAUUUUGGGAUGGAGUCCAUAUUACCGAGUAUCAAAUGGAGAUCAUGGCCAAAAAUGCUUAUAGCUCCAACUCUACUCUUUGUGCUUCUCCAUACAACAUUCAUAAUUUAGCAAUGCUCUGA